AGCUGGAGGCGGUAGAGCUCUCAUUUCCGUUACUGACAUGCAGACGAAGAUAAGUCUAUCUCUGUCAGCCAUGUCCAAAUAGCGAGCUGUAGCUCUUGUUUGUUUGAGGAAAUACAUUUUGUACGCGGUACAUAGCGAGACAUGAGAUAAAGUGCACGACAGCGGGGGAUCCCACUUUGAGGCGAUGCCUGAAGAGCGACAAAUCUGAGCAAGAAGCCGCCCCCCGCCGCCGCCGCCGCCGCCAUGGGAACCACGAUGAGCGAGCCGUGCAUCUACGACAAGCUGUCGGAAAGCAUCGACAUCCUGCGGCAGUCGGGCUAUCGUUACGGCAUGUCAGAGAGAGAGAUUGAGAAGUUCAUCAAGCAGGUCCUGGAGACCAACGAGCCCAGAAGAGAGCCUCCUCAGUUCCCCAUCCUGAGAGCCACCGUCAAGUUUUUGGUGGCCGUGGGAUUCCUGCUGCUGGUGGUGCUGGCCUUCACUUACCCGCAGAAAACCCCCCAGCUGGGACUGGUCAGUCUGGGCUGUUACAACUGGUCGUCCCCUCUGAGCCACGUCCGCCUGCUCUCCCUGCCUAUCGCCAAGAAGUACAACCUCCAAGGCUUCCACGAGUGGUGGAGCGCCGGCUCCCUGCGGCACAGUUUGGUGAACUGCUCCGGAUGCGCUGAGAUCUCCUCGGUGCUGGAAGUCCCGGAGAGCCUCAGGGGGACGGUCACCCUGCGACGGGGGCCGCAGCUCGUCCUGCUGAAGGUCAGAGAUUCUCACCCUCUCACCGACCUAAAAUGGAACGCGUUUAACUGCAUGGAAGCCGGUGGGACUUGGGUCCCUGACGCUCUGAGCCCAGGCUUAUCCUGUUUUGCUGCCACUGUUUUCACUCGUCCACGCCGCUGCCUGCAGGGGGGGGAGUCCCUCAACGUCCAGCGCCAGCAGCUGGAGGAGCUCUACUCGGCCCAUUCGGGCUCCAUGUCCAUUCUGCUGGAGGAGGACGAUGACGGCCCGCAGAACAACAACCUCGGUCUCCCUCAAGGACCCGCCAACUUCACCCUGCUCUGGAGGUUCAGUUCUGGGACCAGGGAGAAGGUGCUGCGCUGGCUCUUCCCCAAAGCGGAGCUCUGCCCUCUGCUGGACAGCGCGGGCACCGUCCUGCAGCGCUGUCUGGUCACACACAGCACCAACUCCCAGAGCAAGCCUCCGCCCUCAGAUCACGGACCCGCAGUGUGUCUGUUUCAGGGCGUCCAGGUGCUGGGCUGGCUGGUGGUGGGGGAGGGGCUGCCCACCGUCCGCGUCCUGCCCGUCCAGCGCUGCCAGAAGCACUGCAGCUCCUUCAACCUGUGGCUGACCCCCGGAGACAUGGUGUACGCCGACCCCCGGUACUGGCAGAUGGAGCUCUUCCCCGGCCGUGGUCAGAACAUCAUCUGUGACGGGUCGACCUUUUAGGCUCCGGGCGGGCAGAGUUCAGGAGCGCCGCGGGAACGUUGGGAGCCGGUCGGCCUUUCUGUCCCUCUGCCGACGGACGCCUUAGAACCGCCCCCCGAAAACCCAGCACGCUUCUAAACUCAGUUUUCGGUACGAGCGGACCUCCUGCAGGCGAACCACGAGGAUCGGGGUCAGACGGCCGCUUCGAUUGGGACUUUGGUCCCUUUGCCGGACAGUUGACAGUCACCCGUGCCACAGCUUUAAGGCGGUCUUUAGCGGUUACAGACAAAAAACGAGGAGGAGUCACCAGGUGAGUCGCUGUUUCUGACCUCACAGAAACGGAGAUGAACAACCAGUACGACUGAGGAAGAGCUCAUUACCGUGUCUGUGCCAAGGUUAGGCCUCGAGCCGGGCCGUUUGCAGCCCCAAAAGCCAGCGAUCAGAAUGACCACUUCAUCAGACCAGCUGCUCCCCACUGGCCCCCAAAUCCUCCUUAGUAAUUCACCUUUAAUCAUUCGCUGAUGAUGAAAGGCCCGGGAUGUAAAGGAAGCUGCUAUCAACGGAUACAAACAACAAAAACCUCCAGCUCCAAAGUAUCUGCUCUGUGUAAGCGAGAUUAGAAGAACCAGGGGGACUUCUUUUCCCCUGUUUGGUUCGUUUGGGUUCAUCUGAGAGCUCCCGCUCUUCUUCCGUCUCUUUAUGGGAUGCUUAAAGUGGAGCGGAGCCAGGUUAAACAUCCUGCUCCUCUCAGUGAGCUCCAGCCGUAAUGCACUUUCACUCAUCGCC